UACUGUUCUAUUUUAACACAGUAUAAUUACUAUUCUAUUUUAUUUCAUUGUGAACUUAACAACUGUAACCAGAUUAUGCUUCUAUAAACUAAUGUUUUAAAUUGUAGUUUUUAAAUUUAAAUAAGUGUUAAUUGCUAGUACAGCUAAUUUUAAGAGUUGAGAUAAUUUUUAGAGCUAAAUAUGGAAGAUAUUACUCCAGUGAAACUGGGUUAUUAUAUAGCAGAACCAAUGUUUGAUGCUAAUGAAACUUUGUGUCCUCUAAUUUUCGUGCAUGGUUUUGCGCAAUCAAAAGAGGUGUGGGGUGAUAUUCCACAAAUCGCAGCUGAUGAAACUAAAAGAAAGGCAUUUGUGAUUGAUUUAAGAAAUAUAGGAGAUAGUGGGUGGUCAGAAGAUCUAAGCCAAGAAGCCAUGGCAAAAGACUUAUUUCAUUUUAUGAACUUAAAAAAAAUCAACAAGGCAGGAUUAAUUGCACAUAGUCUAGGAGGUGCUGUGUGUCAAAAGUUUGUGAUGGAAUGGCCAGAUAGAGUUGAAUUCUUAAUUGUAGAAGAUCUAUUUCAAAGCAAAAACGCCUCAUUGACUUAUGUGGCUGAGAUGGGUUUAUCUUUCUAUCGACACUGGGUUGAAGCUGUUCGAAGUAUACCACCAUACAUGAAUAAAACUGAUGCAAUAAAAUACGCAGUGGAUCACCUUUAUUAUCAGCUUCCACCUGAAAAGCUUAAUUUAAUCAGUGGUAGAGAGAAAUUAUGCCAAAUUGAUUAUAAUUUGAAACAGAUGGAUGAUGGGACCUAUGAUUUAAAAGAUAAUGUUGAUCUAUUUUUCAAUAUACGUAGAGAACUCUUGGAAUUGCCACCAGUAACUGGUAUUUACGACGGACCAAUAUAUUUCAUAAUUUCGCCCAACUCUUGGUGUAAAGUGUAUGAGCAUACAGAUGAAAUUCUCGAAACAUUCCCUAAGGCUCAAUUUUUCUACAUUGAAGGAACAACACACAAUAUUCACAUUGAUGCUCCUGAAAAAUUUAUGAAUAUUAUGUUGGAAUGUAUUUUAAAACAUCAGUGUAUAGAUUAAUGUACUAAUGGUAAACUUAAUAAAAAUAAAUACACUUAAUAAAAAGA